AUGCCAGGCCCGGUAACAAAGAUUUACCUUCAGCACUUCUCCGAGAUUUCGAGGAAGGAGGAAACCUUGGAGGUGCCUUCGGACGUGCUUCUCACCGACCUGGAAGACCGCCUGCGCUGCUUUUCUACAGAUCUGCUUUGGUUCCACCAGGGCCGGCCACUGGAAGCACUUCCCAGGCCCCUGCCACCUCGCCUGGUACUCAAGGAAGGCUUCCCCAGGCAUGACUGGACCUCGUGGAGAACGCCAACUUCGUGGACACUGCCUGCAUCGCUUUGCCCGCAAAGCGCAGCUGCUGUCCAGCUCCGACGGGCCUCACAGAGUCCAGCUGACGUUGGCCUUGUGUGCUGCGGUUUCGAGGACAACACGCGCGGAGAUCGCUGGCUCUUCGCAAGUUCCGAGGUGCUUAGUCGAGCAUUCACUUCCUUCACAUGGAGGCGGCUGGUGCUGCUGCUCUGUGAGAGGUGGGCGCUGCAGCUCUACGGAGGGGCUGCUGCACGGCGAGUGCAGCUCCGGGCGCUGCGCGCUGAUCUGGAAUCGAUCCGGGUGGCUCAUGAUGUCUUGCUGAUGGAGGACGGAGAUGCGGGUGGCUUGUGGCCCUUUGGGGAAGAGUCACGCAAAGAAGCCGAGCUGAUCAUGUCAGCGGAGCUUCACAAGCGUGAGGACUCUGCCAACAGUGACUCCCUGUACAACUUGGCUGUCCUUCUGCUGAUGCAGCCGGUCAAGACAGAGUCGGACCUGCAGCAAGCUUUGGAGCUCCUCCAACGGAGCUUGACGCACACACCCAGCCCUUGGGCACAUCAACUGUGCGAACGGCUCAAAGAGCAGCUGGACGUGGACACCCGGGAGGAUGUCACGCGCCCUUCCCUGGAUCCUGGCUGGAGAUAUAGCAGCUACCAAAAUGACGAGCUGCAGGGGCAGGCAUCCUCCGAAGAGGCGCACAAGCAUGACGAGGGCGACGAAGCGGAUCUCACCCACAAGCCCAUGGUGGCAUUCGAGGAGGCCAUCACGCGCGUGAGAAGCGCCAUGCAGGCGAGUGAAGAUUCUGGCCCUCGACACGAGGAGCCUCGGGCCAGGGUGGAGUUCGCGCGAUCGAGCACAGUGGAGGCCUUGAGCGGCGUCCUGAGAUCGCUGAACCUUCGACGCGACUCCGCCUCCCUGCCUUCCAAGGCGCCCAGAUGUGUGGGUGCUGCGCUUGAGCAGAGACGGCGGCGCCAGCUUCAGCGAGCUUUUCUCGGUUCCAGGCACGGACAUCAUUUCUGUCGCUUGCGACGGCUACCUGUGCUCCUGCACCGUGGAACUGGCACCUCAGAUGCCGUUCCGGAGUCCUCGCCUGCGCCGGUGCCCCCACUGCGCGUCGCGAGCCUGGAGACCGUGCUGCAUUUCAUCUCGGUGCCAGCAGAAGGGAUCCACCAGACGGACCACGAGCUGUGCUCUGUGCUUUGGAUACUUCUGUAUUUUGGCCUGCGGCGGUGCCAUCCUGGUCUUCAAAGGCUGAGGGCGGCUCUCAGCGCGACUCCGGUUCCUGCGUGUCUGCGCAUCGUCCGCCACUUUGGAUACUGCGCCAGCGGCGCCAUGAGUCGAGACUCAAGCAAGAACCUGGAAGAGGUGCUGCUCCAUGGCCUGUCGACCAUCAGGGGGGACGAGUUGGCCGUCACGCGUGGCUUCGCGUCCGACUACGUGGGGGCUGGGCUCUCGGAGGAGGAUCAGCUUUUGGUCCUAGAUCGCCGCAUAAAGCUUCUGGAGAUGCUCUUGGCGACCCCGCCCAAGGUUUAUUUGCAGCAGGGACAUGCGGCGCUGCAGCGGAAUGGCCUGGCAUCCCAGGCGCCGGCCCAAACCCUCAUCCGGCCCUCUGCACAGCGGGGUCGGAAGGCGAAUCUCACACGUGCGGAGAGAGUGGAGCAGCUUCUUUCCAAAAAGAUGCUGCGGCGUGACACGGAGGUCGAUGAGGGUCUGGAAGUGAUCGGUAUUGGUAGCUGA